AUGACGACAAUGGAGACAUAUCACGGCAUGGUCAAGACGCCUGCCGACGCCAUCAAACUUUUCGAGGCUUGCCGACUGGGACUUUUGCCUAGAGUUCAAAGAAGAUUGUCCGAAAAGGAACGGCAACAGAUUCGAUCCGGGUCGGUUUAUGUCUGGGAUGAGAGGGAAGCUGGCAUGCGGAGGUGGACUGAUGGAAAGUCAUGGAGCGCCAGCCGUGUGUCUGGGAGUUUUUUGACAUACCGCGAGAUGGAAGGCAAGCGAGGGAAUGGUUUUGGGAACUCGAGGAGGGGGGCUGGGAGAACUCCGGAUUCUGGUCGUGGCAGUGAUGAGGAUCAGGAUGAUGGGGAGCCAGACAGUUUGGCGGCUGGCUACCGCUACAAGACUGACGGCCUUAUGAAGCAAUCGUUCAGCAUCACCACCUCCAACUCUCAGCAUCUUCACCUCAUUUCGUACUACACCAGAAAUUCACAGAACUUGCAGACACCGAGCACCGACCCCCAACUGCGAGGCAUCAUUCCGCAGAAGGGCAUGUACCCCGAGUCGAGCCUGAACGAUCAAUCGGCCUUGACACGGUCGCCGAUGCAGCAGCCGCCCUACCCACCACAGGUACAGCAGCUUCAUCAUCUUCCCCCAGGCUACCCGGGAUAUGCUCCGCAUCCCGCUCACCACGGCCAUUAUCAACCCUGGCCACCGUCGCCGGGAACGACACCGCCCUACGGUCAUCCAUACAAUGGUCACCACCACCCCGGCCACCCAGUUCAUCCUGGUGCCCAUCCAGCACCAUACGGUCACCAUCUUCCCCAGCUGCAAUAUGGCCCUCCACCACCGCCACCACCUCAACAGCCAUAUCACUCGGCAAAUCAUCACCAGUACGAGCGAGAAAGAGCGCCCACUCUUCCACCAUUGCAACUGCCUCAACAGCGGCCACCACAACCACCGCCUCAGCUCCCUCUUCCCGCCCCAACUCCAUCUCAGCCGCCUCACCACGCCCCAUACUCCCAGCCAGGAUCUGUCUCAACACCCAUCUUACCACCCAGAAUAGCACCUCUUGGCUCUCCCCGAUCUCGGCAGCUUCAAGCUAAGGCCAGAGAAGCCAUCUCGGACCCGAGACUUGCUCUCAAUGGUGGGAUCCAGCUCGCCCCAGUCCAACCACCCCAGCAACACCAACAGCCACCACCAAUGCGUCCAAUCAUCACCACACACACGGCCAGCCCUCCCAACAGGGCCCUUUCUGUCUCGCCAAAUUCCGACGGUCGAAACCGUGAUCCAACAAGCGCAAGCACAAAAGCGAGCUUGUCAGCACUGCUUUCUCACCCUACCCCGCCGCUGACCAACGCCUCCUCGGCGGUGUCGUCUGAGCCUAACAGUGCCGGGCCGUCGGUGGGUGGCGGGUCGAAUUCGGCGAAUAGCUCGCCGAGGACGGCGCAUGGGGGGGUUGGGAGGCCGCCGCAAUUGCCGGCUAUUCAUGACUUUGCGAGGGUGGAAGCGGGGAGCAUCGGGAAGCUGAACAGUAACUUUCGGGGGUAG